CUUGAGGGCGGCCUCAACGCCUGGGCUGUCUGUGUGGGGCGCCUGGGCGAGCCACCUGAGGGUGCCCGAGACGACACUGGCGGUUUGGGGGACUCUUUCUUCCCACUUCCUUCCCCUUGCCCCGUCUUCUCAGUGUGGUUUUCUGGGUUGAUUUUUCUUCACCAUCAACAAACUCUUCAUCUAAGAUUGGUUCCUGUGUGACCUGUUUACAAGUCAGUUGAAGUUAAACACAGCACAUACAAGUUGAAAAGUCAAAUAAGGAAAUGUAUUUCUCCUCAUGAAUUUUAAUUUAACUUGGCUAAAGCACUUUUAGCUUGGCUUGGGCAGAACAGUGAAAGGACAAUGCUCCACUUUAACCGAUGCCAGCACCUGAAACAAAUAAUCCAGAAAUAUUUUUCUAGUGUGCCUUUUAUAACAGAUAAACACGUGCAACAAUUUCUUUCAAGAACCUUUGCAUUUGCAGAAUUAAGGAAGUCAUGGUAUUCAACCCACUCACUCCUUGGAGACAAAAAUAUUAUCCUGAUGGGAGCUCCUGGUGCUGGGAAAACAACAGUUGGCAGAAUAAUAGGUCAGAAACUUGGCUGUUGUGUCAUAGAUGUGGAUGAUGAUAUCCUUGAAAAAACAUGGAAUAUGAGCGUGUCUGAAAAAUUACAGGAAGUUGGUAGUGAACAAUUUUUAGAAGAGGAAGGAAAAGCUGUGUUAAAUUUCUCUGCAUCUGGAAGUGUGAUUUCCCUUACUGGGUCCAAUCCAAUUCAUGAUGUCAGCAUGUGGCAUCUAAAGAAAAAUGGAAUAGUUGUAUACCUGGAUGUUCCACUAAUAGAUAUAAUCAAUCGUCUAAAAAUUAUGAAAGUCGAGAGGAUUGUUACCCAGAACUCUGGAACAUCUAUGAAGGACUUACUUGAACAUAGAAAACAGUAUUAUAAGAAGUGGUAUGAUACUCGUGUAUUUUGUGAAAGUGGGGAGUCCCCAGAGAAGAUAGCUGACAAAGUACUUAAUGCACUUCAAAGGUACCAAGAUGCGGACUCUGAAACAUUCAUUUCAACAAGAUAUUCUUGCACUAAAGAUGGUAAACCAAAGGUCUCAACAAAGUUCUUUUCUGAAGCUGUAAUUGAGGGCCUAGCUUCUGAUGGUGGACUCUUUGUUCCCGAGAAGGAGUUUCCCAAAUUAAAUGCUGGGGAGUGGAGAAGACUGGUGGGAGCAACGUAUGUAGAAAGAGCACAGGUACUGCUGGAGAAGUGUAUCCAUCCUGCUGAUGUACCUGCUGCCAAGUUGGGAGAAAUGAUUGAAAAUGCGUAUGGGGAAAACUUUGCCUGCUCCAAAGUUGCCCCUAUCAGGCACCUUUCAAACAACCAGUUCAUCCUGGAGCUGUUUCACGGACCAACAGGAUCAUUUAAAGAUAUGUCUUUACAGCUUAUGCCUCACCUUUUUGCACACUGUAUCCCACCAACUUGCAAUUACAUGAUACUUGUAGCUACAUCUGGAGACACAGGAAGUGCCGUCUUAAAUGGGUUUAGUCGUCUUAAUAAGAACGAUAAGCGAAGAAUAGCUGUGGCCACAUUUUUCCCUGAGAAUGGAGUGAGUGAGUUUCAGAAAGCACAAAUAAUUGGCAGUCAGAAGGAAAAUGGCAGGGCAUUGGGUGUCAGGUCAGAUUUUGAUUUUUGUCAGACAGCUGUAAAAAGGAUGUUUCAAGAUAGCGAUUUCACUGGCUUCCUUGCUGUGGAAUAUGGAACAAUUUUAAGUUCAGCUAAUUCCAUAAACUGGGGUCGUCUACUUCCCCAAGUAGUUUAUCAUGCUUCUUCAUAUCUUGAUCUUGUCAGCCAAGGCUUUAUUUCUUUUGGAAGCCCAGUUGAUGUCUGUAUUCCCACAGGAAACUUUGGUAACAUUUUAGCAGCAGUAUAUGCCAAAAUGAUGGGAAUCCCUAUUCGAAGAUUUAUUUGUGCCUCUAAUCAGAACCAUGUUUUAACAGAUUUUAUAAAAACAGGACAUUAUGAUCUAAGGGAAAGAAAAUUAGCACAAACCUUUUCACCAGCAAUAGAUAUUCUCAAGUCUUCAAAUCUAGAACGGCAUUUGUACCUCAUGGCUAAUAAAGAUGGACAGUUAAUGACAAAAUUAUUUAAUCAAUUAGAAGAGGAACGUCAUUUCCACAUAGAAAAGAUGUUAGUUGAGAAACUUCAACAGGAUUUUGUAGCUGACUGGUGCUCUGAGGGAGAUUGCCUUGCAGCUAUUCACUCAACCUACAAUACUCUGGGUUAUAUUUUGGACCCUCAUACUGCUGUUGCAAAAGUGGUUGCAGACAGAAUGCAAGACAAAACUUGCCCUGUAAUUAUUUCGUCUACAGCUCAUUACUCAAAAUUUGCACCUGUUAUUAUGAAGGCUUUAAAGAUUGAAGAAAUCAACCAAACUUCAUCAAGUCAGCUUUAUUUACUAAGUUCAUAUAAUGCAUUACCUCCACCACAUGAGACUUUAUUAGGAAAAACAAAACAGCAAGAGAAAAUGGAAUAUCAAGUAUGUACAGCAGAUAUGAAUGUUCUGAAGGGUCAUGUGGAAAAACUAAUACAAAACCAAUUCAUUUAAAAGUUUUCAAAGUAAAAAUUUUUACUGGUGAUAUGCAUGUAAUAAUAAACUACAAAAGCUGA